AUGGCAGGACGAUUGAGCGGUGUCGCAUCACGGAUCAUGGGUGGAAACGGCGUCGUUUCCAGAUCCGUGGCCUCUUCUCUCCGGCAGCGCGCCGGAAUGGGUCUCCCCGUUGGGAAACACAUCGUCCCCGAUAAGCCGCUUUCGGUUAAUGACGAGCUCAUGUGGGACAACGGGACCGCGUUUCCAGAACCUUGCAUAGAUCGGAUCGCUGAUACCGUCGGCAAGUAUGAAGCAUUGGGUUGGCUGUGUGGCGGUCUAGGGUUCUUUGCGACCCUCGGUCUGCUCGCUGUUUUGAACGAUAAAGCUUCAAAGGUUCCAUGGACGCCAAGAGUGUAUCCGUAUGACAACCUGAGAGUGGAGCUUGGAGGAGAGCCUUAG